AACAAGCCAGAUGGAUUCACAGGAUUGUUUUCUUCGUCGACUGUGAGUGAGUUGUGGUUCAAAAGGGGACAAGACCUCACAGAGGGCCUAAACCAGUCACUUGAGCAGUCAUACUCCUCCACUGAUUCCGAGGGCGUUUCUUCGUCUGAGUCCAACAACUUACAGGAUAUCAUUUCUCAAUCCAUUCACAAACCAGAGCUCUAUGGAAUCUAUUGUUAUGCUUCUUAUUUAUACAACUUACAAUUCUUCUUGGAGAGCUUGAAAGAGGGAUCUGUUUCUCAAGUCGUUCAACAUGGUAAGCCUGAAGAUUUGUUGAAGACUCCUACUGCUGAGUUUGGUAAUGAACCUAAAGAUGAUAAGCUCAGGGAGUGGAUCAUUGAUUCGUUUGGUUCAGUAGUUGAGUUCAGAGCGUUGUUUCUCAACUCUGCCAACGCUAUUAAGGGUGAUGGUGUUGUGUGGUUAGUUGCUGAAUCAAACUUGAGUCAAAGCGUAUUAAAGAAUAGUCCCAGUGUCACUGAGCCAGGCCAAACCAAGAGGCCCAUUUUCAACAAACUUUCAGUAGUUAAUACAUAUAAUGCUGGUGUAGUUGAUGACUCGAUCAGAUCUGGCCAGAUACAGCGCUUGAAACAGCAAAAAGAAGCCAAGAUCGCUGCCUUGAAAAUUGACGAAUUAUCUUUGGGUACUCUAGAAGAUGCCGAGUUUAACAACUUGUACACUGACAAGAAAUUGUUGCCCAUUUUGGCACUUGAUGCAUCUCCAAGAAACUACUUGUUGGACUAUGGUGUGUUUGGCAAGCAACAGUACUUGGAUAAUGUUUGGGAAUGUAUUGACUGGGACGUUGUAUCCAGAAGAUUGCCUGACAGAACAAAACAGUUUAUCAACACAUUUUAAAUAUAGAACUCUCUCGUUGUAAAUAGUCUACGAAUACAUGCUCCAGUAUGUG